GAAGAACCGCCCAGCCAGCGCUCGAAGACGAUCGUCUCCACCGAUGCGCGAUGGAUGUUUCACCACGUGAAACGGCCAGCGAUUGCCAUGACAGUGCUGAAGGAUCCCCCCUGCCCUUGCCCGUGUCUGUCCGGAGCAAGCUUAGCUUCAGGGACACCGCGCCCAGCUUCUCGUGUAGCUACUGUGGGACCGAGUCUGGACUGAUGCCAAUGGAGCCCAGCAUCCUGAAGCCACAGGAGCAGACCCUUGAGGGCCGAGAAUCCUAUCAUGUGCUCACCGCCCUGACGGAGACUGUGAGGCACUCGCAGAAGGCACUGAACUUUCACUGCAAUCGCCUGGUCCUUCUGACAGGUGAUGACGACUUGGCGGGCCACGUCUUUCGCACCUCCCAAGGAGAAGAUGUGGUGUCCGAACUUUGUAAUGGCAUUGAGGAAGCCUUGCUGGACGUCGAGGUCUACAAGAGACAGCUCGAGUCGAUGUCCGAUGAGAUUGUCCAGGGCCGAAGGAGAUGGACCAUCUCGCGACAGGAGGUGAUUGAGUCAGGUGUGGAUUUUAUCGGCAGCGAGGGGACCUUGAGCAACCCAAAGGGAGCUCAAGCAGCCGUUGCCAAUGGCUUUGAGAUCGAUCCAGAUGCACCGCAUGAGUUUGAGGUGAAAGUGGAAGACCCUCCUGAUGCAAGAAAGACUGACAGCGCAGACGCGGCGCAGGUCCAGCCAAGCAUCAGCGAUACCAGAAGAGGCUACUCACGUAUCCGCAGCCUGCUCCGUGCUGGCUCCCACGUGUCCAACCUGGGGCGCGAGGUCAACCCAGGGCCCUUCUCCUGGUGGGUGUUCUUUCGAGAGUUGGUGAAGUCGCCCAAGUUCGAUCUCACCUUUGCGGUGCUGAUUUUCCUCAGUAGCCUGGUCAUGGCGCUGCAAGUGCAAUACCAUGGCUUCGAUGUAGGCUAUGAGUUGGGUUACUUCGGGAUGUUCUACCCAGCCGAAGAGGUUUGGCCCAACGCAGCUCCUGUCUUCAACGGCUUGGAGCUGACCAUUGGUGUUGUUUUCCUUUUCGAGAUCUUGGUGCGCAUCCUUGCGGCUCGAUGUCGCUUUUGGUGUGAUCCUUGGAACGUCUUGGAUCUCUUCGUGGUGGUGGCCUGGGCCGUAGACACCGUGACCGUGGCCUCCUUGCCGGUGGACCCGAUGCUCCUGCGCCUGCUGCGGUUGAUCAAGCUCUUCCGCCUCCUGCGGCUCAUCAGGAAGGUCAAGGGCUUCGACUCCCUGUACAUCAUGGUGACCUCCAUCAAAGCCAGCUUUUCUGCCUUGCUUUGGUCCACGGUGCUGCUCUUCGCGGUGCUCACGACCAUUGCAUUGAUUCUCACCACGUUGGUGGAUGUCUACUUGAACAGCGACAGCAACCCCUUGGAAAGACGACUACGAGUCUUCGAGUACUAUGGGACCUUUACGCGCUGCGCUUUGACUCUUUUGGAGUUGACCCUGGCGAAUUGGGUCCCGGCCUCCCGAGUGCUGACAGAAGACGUCAGCGAGUUCUAUACCAUCUUCGUGCUGAUGUUUCAAGCGUCUAUGGGAUUCUCAGUGGUGAAAGUCAUCAUGGGUGUGUUCCUGCAAAACACAUUCAGCGUUGCCGCCAAUGAUGAUGUGAUCAUGAUGAAUUCGAAAGACCGAGCGCUCCAAACGCACAAGAUGAAGAUGUCGAUCUUGUUCGAAGCGGCGGACACCAACGGGGACGGGCGCUUGGACCGGGAGGAGUUCGCAGAGAUCUUGGCAGAUCCCUUGGUCUCCCGUUGGCUGAGCGCCAUGGGCUUCGACAUUGUCACAAGCUCCAACGAGAUCUUCGACCUCCUCCGAGAGACCGAGGACCUCAGUGCCGAGGAGAUGAUCGCCGGCGUGGCCAGGCUCUCGGGCCCCGCCUCGAGUUUGAACAUGGCACAGUUGCUCUACGAAGGAGAUGUCCUCCGGAAAGAGGUGGAAGGCAUCUCGAUGGCGGUGCAUCAAGAACUCACAGAGAUCGGCAUGGAGGUGCCUCCUCCGCCGCUCCGCUCCGAGUCCACGUCACUGCCCAAGCUUCGCUCACUCACCACCAUCAACACCAGCCGAACGCGCAGGACGAGCAUGUCUCAGAAGAUCUUUUCACAAAAGAGAUUGGAAUCCUUCCACGAAGCGAAAAGAUUUUGGACACGGAUCUCCCAGCAAGCCCUCGUGCUCACAGAAAGCUUUCACUUUCAGCUUUGUUUCGCGAUGCUGAUCUGCUCCUUGUGCGCCGUCAUGGGCUUUGAGGUUCAGUACCGUGGUUAUGAGACCGGCUACAAGCUUGGCUACACAGGCUACACCAAGCCAGCCCAUGAAGUGUGGCCCGCAGCUGACACGGCGUUCGAGGUGGUGGACAUCUUCUUCGGCGUGGUGUUUACCUUGGAGUUGAUCCUCAAGUUCAUCGCUGGUAGCCUCAGCUUCUUCAAGGACAUGUGGAAUUGGCUUGACGGCCUCGUCCUGAUUGUGUGGUACCUCGAGCGGAUCACAUCGACCGCCUUCCCUUUGGACCCCAUGAUGCUACGCUUGUUCCGCCUCAGUCGGUUGAUGCGAAUGGUCAGGUUGGUGAAGAUCUUUGAACAAUGCGAUGCCUUGUAUUUGAUGCUGACCUCGAUUCGCGCCUCCUUCGCAGCGCUCGCGUGGUCCAGUGCCUUGCUCCUUCUGAUUCAGAUGAUGCUGGCCCUCGCCAUUGUCACCCUGGUGGAGCCCUAUUUUUCGGAUCCCAAUGCCACAGGUGACAAGUACGCGGUCUACUCCUACUAUGGCACCUUUACCCGUGCCAUGCUCACCUUGUUUGAGAUUACCCUGGGGAACUUUGUGCCCGUCACGCGGCUGAUGAUGCAAGACGUCUCCGAGCUGUACGUGAUGUUCGCCUUGGUUCACAAGUUGGUCAUCGGAUUUGCCGUUGUGAUGGUGAUCACGGGCGUUUUUGUCCAAGAAACCUUUUCUGUGGCGCAGACAGACAACACUAUCAUGAUCAACCAGAAAGAGAGAGCACUCGAGCUGCACAUCGCCAAGAUGACCGCCCUCUUCAAAGCGGCUGACUAUGACUCCAGCGGCCGUUUGGACCGAGGAGAGUGGUUGCAGGUGUGCGACGAUUACUCAGUGCAGCUGUGGUUGGCAGCCAUGGGCUUGGACGUGAGCAAUGCUGCAUUGGUUCACGAGCUGAUUUGCGCAGCAAGCAACCAGCAGGACCUCAAUGCCAAGGACUUGGUCUCGGGCAUCGCCAGGCUCAAAGGCUCCGCGCGGAACAUCGACAUGGCGCUCUUCCGCAAGGAAUUCCUUCACACCACGAAGGUGGUGCAAGACAUGCAGGAGAAGGUGCAAAUGUUGAGCUCAGAAUUGCAGCGUGACAGGCGCACGCCGAAAAAGGCGUCUGUUCGCUUGGUGGCAGCGAAGUCGUUCACCUCGCUGGGCAGAACUGUUUUUCCGAUGGUUUUUGCAAGUGGUGGGGCGUCUUCUUGACAGGUCGGUACUGUUUAAGUGGAUCUCAUGAGAAUUUGACUUCGAAGGUUCAGAUAUUACUCUUGCUGGAUUUGUGUACAUCACCCAGUUUGAUGCUUCAAGCAAGGUGAUAUGUCGAUGUUUUUGGUUGCACAAGUGCUUCUCAGGUUAGCUCACAAAGUGUUGCAUUCUAAGUCUGAGGUGUUUCAGGCCGGGAGUUUUGAUCGACGGCCUUUAUGGUCCAAAGAAAA